CGAAACCUAUUUCCCUGCUGCACAAGCCUCUGCUUAAGGAUCCACACUGUUCUAGUUGGGCUAAAGCUGUAAGGAAGGAGUAUUUGACUUUUCUGUCAAAACAGAGCAGUUUCUAUUAGAGCUAUAUCAACUAUCAACAAAGAAAUGGCUGAAUCUGCAGCGAGUCAGUAUGAGGAUCAGUUCAGUUGUUCAGUCUGUUUGGAUCAGCUGAAGGAGCCGGUGACGAUUCCCUGUGGACACAGUUACUGUAUGAGCUGUAUUACUGACUACUGGGAGCAGAAGGAGCAGGAGCCGCCGUACCGCUGUCCCCAAUGCAGAGAGAGCUUCAGUCAGAGACCUCUACUGAAGAAGAACACUCUGAUAGCUGAGAUGAUGGAGACGCUGCAGAAGACGUCCCUACAAACGGCUGCUGUGGAGUGUGAUGUUUGCACUACAGAGAAGAACAGAGCUGUAAAGUCCUGUCUGCAGUGUUUGGCCUCCUUCUGUCAAACUCACCUGCAGACUCACUAUCAAUCUCCUGCGUUUAUGAAGCACAAACUAGUCAAAGCCUCCAGACACAUCGAGGAGAACAUCUGCCUUAAUCAUGGGAAACUUCUAGAGAUGUACUGUCAGGAUGACCGUCAAUGCAUUUGUUGCUUGUGUACUGAUAAUCAUAAAAGACACAGUGUUGUGUCUGUGGAUUCAGAAUGGACUAGUAAAAAGAAAGAGUUGGAGAAGAUAAAGGUGGGAUGUCAGAAGCUGAUCCAGGAGCGAGAGAGGGGCCAGCGGGAACUCACUGAAGCUGCUAAGCUUCUUAAAAGUUUAGCACAAGAGGCCGUGGAGAACAUUGAGAAGGUCUUCACUGAGCUCAUCUGCUCUCUGGAGAAUAAAUGCUUUGAGAUUAAAGAGCAGAUCAGAGCUCAGGAGAAGACUGAGAUAGAUCGAGCAGAGGAACUUCACAAACAACUGGAUCAAGAGCUGACAGAACUGAGAAAAAGACAAACAGAAAUUGAGAAACUUCUGAUUAGUGAUGAUCAGAUCCAUUGUCUGAAGAGCUGGCAGUCUGUGUGUGUUUUACUGAAAUUUAAAGACGUUCCCAGCAUCACUCAACACAGUGAUCUGUCUUUUAAAGACAUUUCAAUCUCAGCAUUCAGAGAGGUUUUGGAGAAUGUCUGUCAACAGCAAACAGCCAGAAUAUCUCAAGAAGUAUCCAGCGUCCAUGUUACAGAGCCUCCAGAACCUAAAAUGCAGAAUGAAUUUUUUCAAUAUUUCUGUCAGCUGCAACUGGAUCCAGACACUGCAGGCAAAAAUCUCAAACUGUCUAAUGAAAACAAAAAGGCAUCCUAUAAGGAUGUAGUCCAGCAAUAUCCUUAUCACCCAGAGCGAUUUGAGUUCCCCUACAUCAUGUGUAGAGAGGCUUUGUACGGUCACUGUUACUGGGAGGUUGAGUGGAGUGGGAACAAUUGGGCCGUAGCAGUUUGUUACAAAGGAAUUAGACGUAAAGGAAGCAAUGAUGAAUGUAGACUUGAGUUCAACAAAAAAUCAUGGAGAUUCGGAUAUUAUCAACACAAUGUGUGUUUCAUACAUGAUAAAAAGAAAGUCUCAAUCCCUGCUCUCCGCUCCACUAGAAUAGGAGUGUAUCUGGAUCACAGAGCAGAAACUCUGUCCUUCUACGGUGUCUCUGACACAAUGACCCUACUACACAGAGUCCAGACCACAUUCACUGAACCCCUCUACCCUGCAUUUUGUAUUGAUCAUGGUUCAUCUGUUUUGAUCAUAGAAAAGGGGAGUAAAAACUAAAUCGAGUUGAGCUUUAUUGUCAUAUUGUGUGGACGUACAGUGGAACGAAAUGUCGUGUCUCGCAGGACUACGGUGCUGCAUAAAUAAACAUAAAUGUGAACAUACAUACACUAGACGUAGAAACAAUUUUUUUAAACCUAUACAUGUAACUAUACAUAUACUGUAAAUAUUUGACUAUACAUACACAUAACCUAAGACAGACUAUACAAGUACUUUACAUAAUAACUGUACAUGAUAAUUUGCAGAAGAGGUAUUUAAAGGUUAAGAAGCAAAUAGUGCAAUAUGAUUUGUGGUGCAUUGACAAGUAAACAUUGUUAAGUAAUUAUUAGGUUCUUGUAACAUGGGUUGUUAAUAAGAAAGUGUCUGGUGCAUAUAGAGAGAAAAGAGUGUGUUUCUACAGGUGGUUUGAUGGUGCUGGAGGUGUUGUGGCCGACACAGACUGACUGAAAUCAUCCAGUUAAAAGGUCCAAGAUCCAAUUACAGAGGGAGGUGUUUAGGCCCAGAAGGUUUAGUUUGUUGAUGAGCUGUUGUGGGAUUAUUGUAUUGAAUGCUGAGCUGAAGUCAUAGAACAGCAUUCUAACAUAAGAUUCUUAGGUUUCUAAGUGAGAAAGAGCCAGGUGUAGGGUGGAGGAAAUGGCAUCGUCUGUGGAGCAGUUUGGACGGUAUGCAAACUGGAGCGGAUCGAGUGUGUUGGGGAGGCUGGUUUUGAUAUUGUGCAUAACUAACCUCGCAAAGCACUUCAUCAUGAUUGGAGUCAGUGCUGUUGGAUGGUAGUCAUUCAGACAGGACACAGGGGACUUCUUUGGUACUGGAAUUAUGGAGGUGGAUUUUAGACACGUGGGGACGACUGCCUGGCUCA